AUGGGGAAAAAGAAAAAUGCGACGAAACCGCUAACGCAAGAGGAAAUAUGGGAUGAUUCUGCGCUCGUCCGGACCUGGGACGAAGCCGUCGAGGAGUACAAGCUCUAUCAUAGCAUCCAUGCUAAGGGGGAGAAUGUUGAGGAUGUGUUGAGGCAGGCUGCGGUGGAGGAAUCUGGGGGGGGAAUUGGUCCGGCUGAAGAAGAACAGCAGGAACAGCAGAUGGAGACUGAUGAUGUUGAGGCUCCGGAGGUUGUUCCUGAGGCUGGACAAGAUGUAUCUGAGGAAACUACAGAAUCGUAUCAACCUCCUGAAGCAAACCCUAUUGCUGAGGCUGGAGCUGGGACAGGUCCUGCUGCCGCAUCCCCGAUGCCUCAUCCAGUGCUAUCAUCAGUUCAAGAUGAAGGGCUUAAGAAUCUGAUGAUGUCCUGGUAUUAUGCCGGGUACUACACCGGACUCUACGAAGGACAGCAAAAAGCGAACGCGAGCAGGAACGCAAACUCGUGA